UUAUUUUCUGAUGAUUGAAGUACCAAGCGAUUCGUAAUUAGGGUUUAUCCGGACAAGACAGUCCAAUUGCUAUUUUAGGGUUUCAGAUUUCUCGGUGGUCACCCGAAAUACAGAACUAUGUCGAAGAGAAAGUUCGGAUUCGAUGGCUUUGGUAUUAAUCGACAGGCAACAUACAACUUCGAGCGAGCGGAAGCUCCUCAGCGUCUCUACGUACCGCCCUCGUCCCGCUCCGUCGGUGGUCACGACAAUUACGAAGAUACUGACUUGGAUAAUAUUGAUUACGAUGAACGAGAUGGCAACGAAGACAACAAUAAUGAUAUUAACGAUGGCAGUGGUGGUGCCGACGAUGAAAUCGACCCUCUGGAUGCGUUUAUGGAGGGGAUUCACGAAGAGAUGAAGGCAGCGCCGCCUCCGAAGCCCAAGGAGAAGUUGGACAAGUACAAGGAUGAUAUUGAGGAUGAUCCCAUGGAGAGUUUUCUGAAAGCGAAGAAGGACAUAGGGUUGCAAUUGGCUGCGGAGGCUCUUAACGCUGGAUAUAACUCGGAUGAGGAGGUUUAUGCCGCAGCCAAGGCUGUGGACGCAGGGCUCGUCGAGUAUGAUUCCGAUGAUAAUCCUAUAAUUCUUGACAAGAAAAAGAUUGAGCCGAUUCCAGCUCUGGAUCAUAGCUCAAUUGAUUAUGAGCCAUUCAACAAGGACUUCUACGAGGAAAAUCCCUCUAUUUCAGGCAUGAGUGAACAGGAUGUUAUUGAGUAUAGGAAUAGCUUGGCUAUUCGUGUCUCAGGCUUUGAUGUCCCAAGACCAGUGAAGACAUUUGAAGAUUGUGGGUUUUCUGUUGAGCUAUUGAAAGCAAUUUCAAAACAAGCAUAUGAAAAACCUACACCAAUACAGUGCCAGGCUUUACCAAUUGCCCUUUCUGGGGGGGAUAUCAUUGGUAUUGCUAAGACUGGUUCUGGUAAGACUGCUGCAUUUGUGCUGCCAUUGAUGGUGCAUAUUAUGGAUCAACCUGAACUUGAGAAAGAAGAAGGUCCUAUUGGAGUAAUAUGUGCACCCACUAGGGAACUGGCACACCAAAUAUAUGUGGAGACUAAGAAAUUUGCAAAGUCUCAUGGUAUACGUGUCUCUGCUGUUUAUGGUGGAAUGUCUAAAUUAGAACAAUUUAAGGAAUUGAAGGCAGGAUGUGAGAUUGUUGUUGCUACUCCUGGGAGAUUGAUUGACAUGCUUAGAAUGAAGGCUGUGACAAUGACGAGGGCAACUUACCUAGUGCUUGACGAGGCUGAUCGGAUGUUUGACCUUGGUUUUGAACCACAGAUAAGGUCAAUAGUUGGUCAAAUUAGGCCAGAUCGUCAAACAUUACUCUUUUCAGCAACCAUGCCACGUAAAGUUGAAAAGCUAGCAAGGGAGAUUCUUUCUGAUCCUGUACGUGUCACAGUAGGUGAGAUUGGAAUGGCAAAUGAGGAUAUUACCCAAGUGGUUCAAGUAAUUCCUUCUGAUGCUGAGAAGUUGCCUUGGCUUCUUGAGAAGCUUCCUGGUCUGAUUGAUGAUGGUGACGUUCUUGUAUUUGCUUCCAAAAAGGCCACAGUGGAUGAGAUCGAAUCGCAACUAGCUCAAAUGGGUUUUAAAGUUGCAGCUCUUCACGGUGACAAGGAUCAAGCUUCUCGUAUGGAGACACUGCAGAAAUUUAAAUCCGGAAUUUAUCAUGUGCUUAUUGCUACUGAUGUUGCUGCUCGUGGUCUUGACAUCAAGUCAAUUAAGUCAGUGGUUAAUUUUGAUGUUGCUAAAGACAUGGAUAUGCAUGUUCAUAGAAUUGGUAGAACAGGCCGUGCUGGUGAUAAAGAUGGAACUGCAUACACUCUUAUUACUCAAAAAGAGGCACGUUUUGCUGGAGAAUUAGUCAACAGUUUGAUUACUGCUGGUCAAAAUGUGCCUGCGGAACUGAUGGACCUUGCAAUGAAGGAUGGAAGAUUUCGUUCCAAACGUGAUGCACGGAAAGGAGGUGGAAAGAGGGCGAAAGGAAGGGGAGGCAGUGGUCGAGGUGUGCGUGGCGUGGAUUAUGGUCUGGGUAUUGGAUACAGUGCAGAAUCAAGUAAUGCUCCAACUACCACUGUUCCAAGCCGUUCUGCAGCAGUAAAUUCACUAAGAACCGGGAUGAUGGCACAGUUUAAGAGCAACUUUGUUGCUGCCUCAUCAAAUCUCCAAAAUCAGGCGUUAGGUAAUAGUUCAGGAAUGAACCCUAACAAGAAAAUGGCACUGCCAGGCUUUGUAUCUGGGGGAACAAUAGGUGGAGACACAAACGCUUCCCGGACUAGUUCAAUUAGUAAUGCUGCAACAUCUGUUCAGAAACCGAGAGAAGAUGCUAGCCACUUGAGCUCAGGAAGCUCUAGAGAUAGGCAGAGAGAAAGGAGGCGGCCUUCUGGUUGGGACCGUUGAUUUGUUUCUUUGGCAGCUCAUUUAUAUUUAUACUGGAUGACCAAAUCCGCUUGUGUGAACUUGAAUAGUCAUAAUUUAGGUGAAAGUUUUAUCUCAUUGUCUGUAAUGAUGCUCUUUGCCCAAAUUGCUCAUCUUGGUUUAUGUGCCCUUGUUCCAAUUCUAGUUUGUGGUCUUAAUUUUUAUUGUAUAGAUAAAUAGAUAGAUGAUAUUUAUGUGCCCUUGUUCCCACUC